UUCAGGUACAAAACACAGCUAAACACAUGUUGACAUUUAAAUUAAGGUAAACAAAUCCUGUCUAACAGUAUUUCAUUUAUAUUCCUGUGAGAUAUAAGUUCAGAAGGCACCCCUCUUCCUGUUCUCAUGGAGACCCUGCUGUACAGAAACUCUGUUCAAUUUAGAGAUGAAGAGCAAGACAAACAAGGAGAAGGUUCCCAAUGUUGAACAUGUCCACCCCGAGUGAGCUGAAGUCUCCUUGCGUGACUCGCAACGGUAUGGUUAAGUUGCCCCCCAGCCAACCCAAUGGUCUGGGUAGUGCAAGUAUCACCAAGGGGACACCUGCUGCCAAGAACCGCCUCUGCCAGUCCUCCUCUGUACCCUCCAUUCUGCCCCCUCCAUCAUCAUCCCUUCCAUUCCACCACCACCACCUGGACGGCCCUGGAAUUCCCAACUCAGCAACCUCCCUCCUGGGCUCUGAUCUUGAGCCUGGAAUGCCUCUUGUGGGCUUGAAGCCAUCCCUUCGUCAGCUCCCCCCUCUCACUCUACCUAAACCUAUGCUGCUGGAGCGCCAGCUUGUCUUGGAUGAGAAGCUGCUCAACCGAUUGCUAUGGUACUUCACUACAGCCGAAAAAUGUGUGCUGGCGCAGGUAUGCAAGACAUGGCGCAAGGUGCUGUACCAGCCCAAGUUCUGGGAAGGCGUUACACCCAUCUUGCAUGCAAAGGAGCUAUAUACUCUGUUGCAUAAUGGGGAAAAGGAAUUUGUCAGUCUGCAGGCCUUUGCCCUGCGUGGCUUCCAGUCUUUCUGCCUGGUGGGUGUGUCAGACCUGGACAUUUGUGAGUUUAUCGACAAUUACCCACUGUCCAAGAAAGGUGUUCGCUCGGUCAGCCUCAAGAGGUCUACCAUCACAGAUGCUGGUUUGGAGGUGAUGUUGGAGCAGAUGCAAGGUCUGAUGCACCUUGAACUUUCAGGCUGCAACGACUUUACUGAGGCUGGUCUGUGGUCAAGUCUGAAUGCCCGGCUAACUUCCCUGAGUGUCAGUGACUGCAUUAAUGUGGCAGAUGACGCCAUUGCUGCUAUUUCCCAGCUUCUGCCCAACCUUUCAGAGUUGAGCCUUCAGGCCUACCAUGUUACUGACACAGCCAUGGCAUAUUUCACAGCCAAACAGGGCUACACCACCCACACUCUGCGGCUUCAUUCCUGCUGGGAGAUCACCAAUCAUGGUGUGGUCAACAUGGUGCACAGCCUUCCCAAUUUGACUGCCCUAAGCCUCUCUGGCUGUUCCAAGAUCACUGAUGAUGGCGUAGAGCUGGUUGCUGAGAACCUGCGUAAGCUACGCAGCCUGGACUUGUCUUGGUGCCCUCGGAUCACUGACAUGGCCCUAGAGUAUAUUGCAUGUGACCUGCAUAAACUGGAGGAACUUGUACUGGACAGGUGUGUGCGAAUCACAGACACAGGCUUAGGCUACUUGUCAACCAUGUCAUCAUUAAGGAGCCUCUACCUACGCUGGUGCUGUCAGGUGCAAGAUUUUGGACUGCAGCAUUUGUUUGGAAUGAGGAGUCUUCGUUUACUGUCUCUUGCAGGCUGUCCCCUGCUGACCACCACUGGUCUGUCAGGCCUCAUUCAGCUGCAGGAGCUUGAGGAGCUGGAACUGACCAACUGCCCUGGAGCCACUGCAGAGCUCUUCAAAUAUUACUCUCAGCAUCUGCCACACUGCAUGGUCAUUGAAUAACACCACUAAGCCCUCUCAACAACCAACCAGUGGUUCACCAUAAUUCUACCUUCUUCCUCCUUACUUUUCCUCACUCUUUUCUCAAAUGCUAGCAAAGAGACUGAACUGCUCCAACUGUACCAUGUCGUUCCUCGAUACCUGCCCCCUGUCUUCUUUCAUAUCCCAUUGAGUAGACUGACCCACAGACAGAUAGAGAGGCAGGAAGGCAAAUAACGGUACAUGCCAGGCCCAGGAUGGUGGGAUAGCGUUUGAGCUUCGUUUAAGAAGACACAGGAGGAAAGAGCUUGAUGUGACGUCUUGUCUGACAGCAAGUUUCUUUUUAAGAAACCACAAAUGGCUUUUGUUUUUGGGGGGUGCAUUUCUUAAGACAUUAAUAAUCUUUUUUGAGCUGAAUGGAUACUAAAGAGGGUGAUGUGUGGAUACAGUUACAGCAUAGAGGAAUCGAAAAAAAGGGAAACACAGACAUAAGGGUUGAGCUGGUAUGGCAAUCUCACACAUGGGCUCAUAAACUGUAAACACACACAAAUAUUGUAUACAGUAAGUGAAACAAAUGUUAGUCCUCUAGACCAUGAGUGCUGAUGUUUCUAUUUUCCAACGCUCAGUGUAAUAUAAAUGCUGUUGUUCUUUUUUCAGAAGGCAUCAAAGUUUAAGUUUUCUCUUGUUUUAAGAGAGACUCCAGAUAACAGCUGGAGAAACAGGAACCAGAGAGAACUUAAGAUGCAGCUCAUAAAGUAAAUAAUAGGGAUGGAACUUCUCUCUCUCUUUCUCUCUCUGUCCUCUCCCUCUCUUUCUUUUCUCCCUUGCUUUGUGUAUGAAGUAUGUGUCAUGGACUUACUCAAGUUCCUCAUUUUUUUUUACAUAUUUCUCCUUUUGUGUGUUCUAUCAGAUUACCCCCCCCCCCCUUAAAAAAAGGGGAAAAAAAGAAAAAAACUGUGAACAGUUUACAGUGUUGAAGUUAAUCAGCUCAUUUCUUGUACUUUUCCUCCUUUCUUCAUUUUUCAAUUCCUUCAUUUACAGAAUUACAGGAUAAGCUUUUGUAAAAUGUGAAUGUCAGGCUUUUAACAGGAAUGGGCAAAGCAGUUCAACAAGAACAAACACUGAGUCUUAUGGAAAGCAGAGUGUCCAGAAAGAAUUAGACUUUUCUGCAAAGGGCAGAAUGCUUUUUUUUUCUCAAAUAAUAUAUCCAAUAGAAUCAUGGAUAGAAAAUAAGACCAUUGGAGGGCUUAAAUGGUCAAUAAUUAUGUUAGAUUUCUGAAAUCAAAAAGAUAACUAAAACAGUAUAGAAGUGGGAGUUUUGCACAUCAUCUCAUCUUUUGGUGACUGUAGUUUGUUGAAAUUUUGGAUCAUCUGGUACUGGAUUUAAACUCUUAACCCGAUUCAUUCCAUCUUUUAACUGCUAAUUUAAACAAAUUGUACACUUUUGCAAGGGUGAUGCAAUCCGGAAGGUAAAAAGGGAUUUCAGUAUUUAUUUCAGUAUUUACAAUGUCUACUAGGGGCCAGAGUCAGACAAUAAUGGGAGCUCAGGGCCCCUUUAAUGUGGCAAGUUUGAAAAUAUACACUGGUAUGGGCUGGUAUGAAAAUUUCCACAGCGUGUGCAUGGCCUUUAAAUUAUUAUUUUUUUCUUUCAAGAUUAUUUUUACCCCAUGUCAUCCUUUGGAAGUAAGUAACAAUGUCAGCAAAGAAUCCCAUCCGAAAAUAAGCUAGAUAAGCUGCAAUUAUAGGAUGAGGCUAUUGUGCUUUUCAAUUCGUUCAAAUGUAAUUGAUACGUUUCACUUUAACCAUUAGUGGGGUAGGUGGGUGUGGCAGUCAAUGAGGAAGAUAUGCCUGAAAGGUUCAACCCAGUGUCUUAAAGAGUGAAUACUGUUCUAAAAUACUUCAGUCUAAUUUCAGCAGCUUUAAGCGUUGGUUAUAUGAGUAAUACUACUAUUAAUGCACUAACUAAAAAGUUAAUCAUUGAGAUCUGGGAAUGCUGCCAUCAGAUGAUCAGACAGGUUGUAAAAGGACAAAGAGAUUACUCAGACUUAUUUCAAAAGAAGCCAAGGUGAAUGCAAAAUACUUAGACCAUAUAUUUUCAAAGCCAUAGAUUCUCAUAAAAAAUGACUGUGGCAACAAGUAAAGAUUUAAAGUUUCCCACAAACAAUUUUAUUUAACAUUAAAUAAAUUGUUGAUUUUACAUAGUUAAAAAUAAUUCACUUAUGACUCAGUACUAGUUUCCUUUUCCGAGAUCUUAUUUAUUCAGGGGGAAUGAUGAGCCCAACAAUGAGCCACUGUGCUGCUUUUUGCUUUUGUCUGUCCUCAGAUGUGCUGACUGCCAACUGAAGGUAUUGGAUAAGUGUCAGCCAGUAUUAGAUUGUGCCAAAUGCAUCUGGAGCAGCACAUUAAAUGUGGCUGCUUGCCUGUAUAUGAUUGCUGACUACACUGAAGUUAACUGAGUGUGAACCUUACUGACAUGGCAGACCAUGCAUGUGUUAAGUUGGUCUGUGUUUUUGUUCCGAGAAGGCUCAUUUUGGAGGUUCUGAAUCUCUUCAUUGUACAUAACUGUAUUUAUUUAUUUAUUUAUCUAUGUAUUUAUUUAAAUUGAUUUCUUGCUUAUUACAUGAUUUAUUUAUUGAGAAGCCUUCUUUUAAAGGAUUUUGUUAAAUGGAACUUGCUUCAAAUUUGGGCCAUUAAUGGCUCAUGCAUUAAUUACUAGUUUGAUUUGUAAUUAUUAAUUUAUGACAUUUCAGAAUCUUAAGUGAAACAUCCAGUUAUUGCCAUUAAAAAUACACUCUUUUAGAUAGACAUCAGAGACUAAUAACAUCAUUAAGACUGACUAAAACAAUUUUAAAUCUUCAUGAUGCGCAAAGUAUAUUUUCUUCUGUGCAUUUGUGUGUCAUCUUUGUAUUGCUGUUGGGUCCAUUAUUAAGAAUAAGGGGAUAAAUGGGUUGACAAGUUAUAUUUACUGUCAUUGUCUUGAAUGUGGUAUACAGAGUAUGCUAUAUAAUAUAAAGCAAGUGAAGUCUAAGAUUGACCCUGUGGUGGAAGAGCAAUGUUUACAUUAUCUGCUAAGAUGACAAAGGGUUACAUCUUAGAGUUGUUGCUGCAGAAGAUGUGAAUUCAUUGGAAGCUUAUUAUUGACAAAGCUGCUGAAAAGUAAAUAGUUUUAAACAUGAUACAAGCCAACGUUAACACUAGCCCUUCAAUCACUGGCUUCAAAAAGAGCUUGAGAUUUAAUAUGGUAAGUGUGCUGAUGCGCACAUUAUGUCAUAUCUGGUGUAACUUGACAUUAUGCCACAUCUUACUCAUGAAUACAGGCCUCUAUUUGAAGGUACCCCCACUGUUCUUGAUAGCAGUACACUUCUGUAGUCUCUGGCCCUGCAUGCAGGGUAAUUGUACCAUACCUUUGUUUUGGUUUGUACAAUACAUGGAUUUCAUUUAUAAACUGGCUGCAUCCGAUUAAUUCGACUCAUGUUUUGAUUUGAUGGCUAGAUAACAACACAAGACCGUUGUUUACUUUCAACCUCUGUUUAAUUUUGGAUGCAACAAAGAAAGUGAAGAAAAAGGAAAAUGUUUUAUAUCCCAUAUGAAUGUCAAUAAUAAGGUGUUGUAAAUGAUGAUCUGGAAAGUUUAUUGUGUUGCCCAGACAUACUUAAGAUCCUCAAACAUACGUUCAAAAUGAGUACUGCACAAACUUGUCUGUGGCUGCUUUCUCAAUUACUGACUCACCAUCUGUUUUAAUUACUACUGAUGUUCCCUGCUCGUUGAGCCCUUUUGGUUUUAAUAAGCUUCCAACGGAUUCAAAUGUAAGUUUACAUAUUUUGAAUUGGGACUUGCACUGUCUGCAUUUCUCAGUUAAUGACAACUAACAGCAAACCUUUCUGAUGUACAUUAUCUUGUGUACUUUUUUUCUAAAGAAAAUUAUUCCUGUCACUUCUAUCAUAACAGUCUUUGAUCUUUAUUUGACACCAUUUUGUUACAAUCCUUGUACAGCACAAUUUUAAGUAAGCAGUAAAAUAAAUACUGACAGCUUACUGAUAAUGUUGAAAAUUGCAGAAUUUGUGUGCUGUUUCAGUUUCAGUGUUUUAGCUCUCCUGUGCCUGUAAUCAUCUGACUUUGUUUGAAGACCAUCUUUGCACUGAUGACCAGCAGCUUUUGUGCUUUGGUACCUGCAGAUGUUUUAGAUCAUUUAAAUAAAGGAUUAACUUAUA